GCCCCGCCCGGUCGCGGAGCGGCGGCCAGCGCAGGGAGGGCCUGGCCCCGGGAUGCCACACUCAACCCAGCUGUACCAGCAUGUGCCAGAGUCGCGCUGGCCCAUCGUGUACUCGCCUCGCUACAACAUCACCUUCAUGGGCCUGGAGAAGCUGCACCCCUUUGACGCCGGCAAAUGGGGCAAAGUGAUCAAUUUCCUGAAAGAGGAGAAGCUGCUGACCGACAGCAUGCUGGUGGAGGCGCGGGAGGCCUCGGAGGAGGACCUGCUGGUGGUGCACACGAGGCGCUAUCUCAACGAGCUGAAGUGGUCCUUCGCUGUCGCCACCAUCACCGAAAUCCCCCCUCUCAUCUUCCUCCCCAACUUCCUGGUGCAGAGGAAGGUGCUCAGGCCGCUCCGGACCCAGACGGGAGGAACCAUAAUGGCGGGUAAGCUGGCCGUGGAGCGAGGCUGGGCCAUCAACAUCGGGGGUGGCUUCCACCACUGCUCCAGUGACCGGGGUGGAGGCUUCUGCGCCUAUGCAGACAUCACGCUGGCCAUCAAGUUCCUGUUUGACAGAGUGGAGGGCAUCUCCAGGGCCACCAUCAUUGACCUUGAUGCCCACCAGGGCAACGGCCACGAGCGAGACUUCAUGGAGGACAAGCGUGUAUACAUCAUGGACGUCUACAACCGCCACAUCUACCCUGGGGACCGCUUUGCCAAGCAGGCCAUCAGGCGCAAGGUGGAGCUGGAGUGGGGCACAGAGGACGAGGAGUACCUGGGGAAGGUGGAGCAGCACGUGGAGAAGGCCCUGCGGGAGUACCUGCCCGACGUCGUGGUUUACAACGCCGGCACCGACGUCCUGGAGGGGGACCGCCUCGGGGGGCUGGCCAUCAGCCCAGGGGGCAUCGUGAAGCGAGACGAACUUGUGUUCCGGAUGGUCCGCGGCCACCAGGUGCCCAUCCUCAUGGUGACCUCGGGCGGCUACCAGAAGCGCACGGCCCGGAUCAUCGCCGACUCCAUCCUGAACCUGUACAACCUGGGGCUCAUCGGGCCCCCGUCCCGCGACGUCUCCGCCCAGAGCUCAGACUCGCCGCUGCUGCCCCCCGUAGUGCCCUGACCCCUGCUCCCCCUCCAGCGGCUCGGGCCCACCUCCUGCGCCACUCCACUUCUGCUUUGUGUUGCCUAACCUGGGGGGUGCUGGGGGCCACUGCCAGUGAGCUCGGAAGAGCAGGUGAGGCAGGGACCAUCCCUCGCUGGGCCACCUGAGGGGCCUUGCGCUGGCAGCCCUGGGGUCUCCCUGCCUCCCCGGGCAUGGUGGAAGACAGAGCCCAGGCCCCAGCCUCUGGAAGGGUCCCCAGGGGGUCCUGGGUGUGGCUCGGCUUGGGGAGGCUGGCAGAGGGACUCAUUAGUCCCUGUGAGCUGCCGGCGGAGCCCUGGGUCGGGCUGUCCUGGGUUUUGGAGGUGUGGCUCCCCCUCCUCCCUCUGGCCUCUUUCGUCCCUGGUGCCGGGGAGCCCUGGAUGCUGUCGGAGCCAGGCCUCUGGCCUCUGAUCACCGCCAAGGGUGGCUGUGAGCCUUAGAGAAGGGCUGCGAGGUGGGGGGCUUCUCCCAUCUGGGAUCCCCCUCAAUAAAAGCAAGGUCUGGACCUGCUUUCCCGGAGCCCCUCUGUGGCCUGGGGCCCCCCAGCUCCCUCCUUGGGCAGUGGUCUCGCCGGCCCAGAGAAGGGCAGGUUUGGGGGCAGAGCUCCCAGCUCCAGCCAUGGGUCGGGGCAGGAGCGACUCAGCAGGUGGAGAUCAGGGGCAGGUAGCCAAGCUAGGUCCCUGCCCCAGCUCAGGGCCUCCUGGCGGGAGAGAGCAGAGGCACUGGAGAACAGGUGCCUGGCUGUAGCCUCCACUUGCCUCACCCAGGUACUCGGAGCCCAUUUCUCUCCCUGUCCAGGGAUGCCAAGGUGGGCCUGCCUUGCAGAGAGCUAGCCACGGAGCAGGGAGGAAAAGUGGCCCAGCAGAGAUGGCCCCGGCCCCGCCCAGCCCCACCUAUGCGGUUUCUUCCUGUCCGGGGGGGGGGGGUGCCCCACGGUCUCCCCCACUCUCCUCCUGCUGGGGGGCAGGGGUUCUGGGAUCACCACAGGUCACAAGUGCUGCACUCGGACCAGACACCCAGGCACUAGCAAUACACUUGCCCUUGGUCUCCGAUCACCUGAGAUCAUCCCCACCGAGGCCUUGGCCUUGGGGUCCGCGACAGACGGGUUUGUCACUGCGGCUUCUGUUCCCCAGAAUCAUAAAGGCUCU